GGUCAUCGGUGGUUCGAAACCCAAAGUUGCCACCCCCAAAGUGGUGGAGAAGAUCGGAGAUUAUAAGAGACAAAACCCCACCAUGUUUGCCUGGGAAAUCAGGGACCGGCUGCUGGCAGAGGGUGUGUGUGACAAUGACACGGUGCCCAGUGUCAGCUCCAUUAACAGAAUAAUCCGUACCAAGGUCCAGCAGCUCUUUAACCUGCCCAUGGAGAGCUGUGUGAAAUCACUGAGCCCUGGACAUACUCUGAUUCCAAGUUCAGCAGUGACCCCCCCUGAGUCUCCGCACUCUGACUCCAUUGGGUCACCUUACUCAAUCAAUGGCCUGUUGGGGAUUGCUCAGCCCAAUACAGAUGGGAAACGCAAACUGGAUGACAGUGAUCAGGACAGCUGCAGACUCAGCAUUGACUCUCAGGGCAGUGGAGGACUCAGCCGGAAACAGAUGCGGACACAGGCUUUCAUUCAGCACCCACUGGACGGACUGGAGUGCCACUUCCAGAGGCAACACUUUCCUGACUCCUACUCCUCCUCCGGUCACAGCAAAGCUGAACAAGCUCUUUACCCGCUUCCACUGCUGAACAAUGCAAUGGAUGAUGGGAAAUCAGCGCUGGCCUCUUCCAAUGCCACUCUAGGCAGAAACCUUUCCGCACACCAGGGGUACUCUGCCCUGUCAGAGCUCUCAUCAUACUCCAUUAAACAAGAGGUAUCCGACAGCUCCAGUGCUAGCUCCACCCCUCCAUCAUUAUGUAGCCCCACCUUUCUGGACCUGCAGCCAAUCUGUUCAGCAGCUGCUGCCCCAACCUUCAGUGCAUUUUCGCAUGCUGCCUCUGUCUAUGGACAGUUCACCAGCCAGGCUGUUACAGGGCGUGACGUUGUAGGACCCACGCUGCCAGGCUACCCUCCACACAUACCCAGUGGCCAAGGAAACUAUGCCUCAUCUGCUAUUGCUGGGAUGGUAGCCGCAGGAAGCGAUUACACUGGUAAUGCAUAUAGCCACGGGGCCUACUCAGCGUACGGAGACAGUUGGCGGUUCCCCGGCUCCAGCCUUCUUAGCUCUCCCUACUACUACAGCUCUACUGCAAGGACUGCGCCCCCUCCAACAACUGCCGGGACGUAUGACCUUCUGUAGUCUCCAUGGACACUGCUCGUACAGCACCUUCAACAACACAGCUUAGCCCCGGAAAAGCAGCCGGACAGCCGGUCCAACAACAAAUAUUACCAUGGAAACCAACAAGUCGUCAGGGUGGAGUCAACAACAUUACUAACAUGGACUGUAUUUACAUGAAAACUACACUAAGACAAAAAGAGGGCACAGAAAUAUCCAACCACAUAGUGUAGGUGUAUGCUGUAUUCCCACUCCUUUAUAUAAUAGAUUGACAAUACUUAUAUUACCAUAAACAUACUGUUGUGGCUGCUGAACACCCAGCAACACAACAGUAACAAUCACGUUUUGUCAUUGUAUUUAGCCUUCCCCUGUGGCAAGAGAACGGCAGAGUGAAUGCACAUAUUACACAGGAUCAUGUGUCCUAUACUAUAAAUCAGAAGGAUAGUAGAAGUUAAUGAGGAGUUGCGAUGCAAGUUCUUUCAUGUAGGUUGCAUAAACAUGAGGUAAAGUCUAAUCACUAAUAAUUUACAGUAUGGGGAGGGCGAUACUCUACACACAUAUUCCCAAUGACCAUGGGAGUGAUGGCAUCAGCAUUCCCCAUUAAUAUAGAUUCAUUAUAAGAAUUUAUACAUACAGGGGGAGAUGUAUCAAACCUUGGAGAGCGAUAAAGUACCAACCAAUCCGCUUCUAUCAUUUUACAGGCUACGUUUGAAUAAAAUGACAUUUAGAAGCUGAAUGGUUGGAUUUAUCUCUCCCAAUGUUUGGUACAUCUCCCCCACAGUGAGAUUACUUGUGUAUCAUAUACAAGUAUUGGCUGUGCCAUGAAUGGGAUGUUGUCUACAGCCCUUCCUUGGUGAAGUCCAUUAGAGAACGAUGGAAUCCAAUGUUUGCAGGAAAAGCAGGUUUGGAAGAUUUAAAAAAAGUUUAGAUACUCAUCUGCAUUUUCCCAAAAUGUUCCCACUUAGCAGCAAAUAACCUAAAUGAACAGGGACAGCUUAAUGUCAUGUGCACUCUGUGUAUAUGGAUUACACAGGGUUACUUACCUCACUAGGGCCGGGCAUAGUCUGUGCUUUAACUCUCACUCUGCAAUAAGCUUUGGAUGCCAGAGUGGAGAGUUUGGCGUUGAAGCGCCCUCAUAUCACCAACCUGACACGAUGCAUGGACACAGAUACAGGACGGUGCUUCCUAUGCACAACUGGACUUAUUCAACUGAAACCGUUGAUGUAAAUACCU